AUGGCAAAAGUCAUUUUCACCCCUUGGAAGACUCAGGCCCAGCUACUCAGCGUACGUGACGAGUUUUACCCGGCACCCGCCUACCAUGGCCCCGACAUGCGUUCUCACGCUUGCGCAAUAGUUGAAGCGUGGAAGUUGCGAGGAAAUGUGCCGCACCACGUUGAAGCCACCGCGCUUUUGACGGAUGCGAUCCUUCACGAUGACGCGCAAAGCAACUCCAUCUUUUCGAUCCGCGCCACAUAUUCUGCUGCUUUCUGUCGAUUCGUGACUGGUCUCGUUGACUCGAAGAUCCCCGGCGUGCGUAGAACAAUGUUCCAGCGAGCUAUGGAUUUGGGGCUGCCAGCUUCCUUUGUCGAGCUGCGUCACGAGGCAACGCAUCGUGAGCCGCCAUCACUGGUGGUACUGCGCAAAGCUACACAGCGAUCCCUCGAGUGGCUGUGGGAUAAUUACUGGGCAGGCAUCGACGACAUCGAGGCCAUCUCAAGGCCUGAGCAUGGCAAUGAUAGCUCAUUGAAGGCAGUCCUCAGCGAGAUCUUGCGAGAGUUUUCUGCUGGUUCCGGCUCCCAACAGGUCGCUAAAAAGCGGAAGCGGGACCAGGAAGUCUCUGCUGCGGCUCAUAUUGUUUCAAUAUGCAGUUCGUCCAGUGAGGCUGUACGGGUCUUGCCUAGUAUCUUGCUGGAGGACUCUUUACUAGUUCCUCCGAAGAGAAAACUUGGCGAGAGCAUGAGCGAAAGCUUUGACAAGUGGGACGCUGUUCUCAAAAGAAUCACGGAAGGAUUCCCCUCUUUCUUGAUGUAUCUCGCCGAAGUUCUGAUUCACGGUCUGGUUUUCAACCCAAAGAUGAGCUCACCACAGAAUGCAUCUGCAGAGGCUGUGUUCUUGUGGCUCAGCCAUCUGUUGGCAUCCGAGAGCUGGGAAUCCCACCAGGCGCUCUGUCCACGGACGGGGAAGGGCAACAACUAUGCCUACCUAGUGACAGAUGAGCCGACCAAGAAGUCGGUCAUUAUUGACCCUGCCAACCCCCCAGAAGUGGCCCCAGUGCUGAAGUCUCAGAUCAGCGAGGGCAAAAUUGAUUUGACCGCGAUUAUCAACACUCACCACCACUGGGACCACGCUGGAGGUAAUGACGAGAUUCUGAAACAAUUCAGCGGGCUUCAAGUCAUUGGAGGCGCAAACUGCCAAUCCGUUACCAAGACUCCUGCUCACGAGUCUACCUUUAAGAUCGGAGAGCGGAUUCUAGUAAAGGCCCUGCAUACCCCGUGCCAUACGCAGGACAGCAUCUGCUAUUUUAUGCAAGAUGGGGAUCAACGAGUUGUAUUUACUGGAGACACUUUGUUCAUUGGCGGCUGCGGUCGUUUCUUUGAAGGCAAUGCCGCUGAGAUGCACAAUGCGCUGAACAAGGUACUGGCAGCCCUGCCAGACGACACCAAGGUCUACCCUGGUCAUGAAUACACCAAGCAGAAUGUCAAGUUCUGCAUCUCCGUGUCUGAGUCUGAGCCGAUCAAAAAGCUUCAGGCUUUUGCGGAGGCGAACAAGGAAACCCAGGGCAAAUUCACUAUCGGUGACGAAAAGCUGCAUAAUGUAUUUAUGCGUGUCCAGGACCCCGAGAUUCAACAAAAGGUUGGAAAAACUGAUCCAGUGGACGUAAUGACUGCACUGCGUGAAAUGAAGAAUGCGAUGUAG